AUCCCCACCACUAUGAACGCCGACUUCACAAACAGAGCACAAGAGACGCUUGCAGCUGCCAUCCAGCUCGCAAAGGAUUACUCAAAUGCACAAGUCCAUCCUGUGCAUAUCGCGUUUGCGCUUUUAAACGACUCAGGGGCUGGUAACGAAGUCCCCGGAGGCCUACAGAGCUCGUCCGGUUCUUCACUCUUCUCAUCAGUAAUAUCAAAAGCCGGUGGCGACCCGACGGCCGUCAAACGUGGUCUGCAGAGACUACUUGUUCGCCUACCCGCGCAAUCACCGGCUCCUGAUGAGAUAUCACUGAGUUCAGGAGCGGCCAAGGUUCUCCGAGAAGCCCAGUCGCUUCAGAAAACCAUGCACGACUCCUACGUUGCCCAGGAUCACAUACUCCUUGCUCUUAUCGCCGACUCGUCCAUAGCCCCUGUUCUCAAAGAGGCCAGUCUGACCGAAGCCGCUUUAAAAACUGCAAUUCAACAGGCUCGCGGAAAUCGCCGUAUCGAGAGCAAGAGUGCCGAGGCUGGUUUUGACGCCCUUUCGAAAUACGCUGUUGACUUAACAGCUCUCGCAGAAGAAGGGAAGAUAGAUCCGGUCGUAGGCAGAGACAAUGAGAUCAGGCGUGUUAUUCGCAUUCUAUGCAGACGAACCAAGAACAAUCCCGUCUUGAUUGGCGAGCCAGGUGUCGGCAAGACGUCCAUCGCUGAGGGCCUCGCUCAGCGGAUCGUCAAUAGGGACGUCCCGGCUAGUCUGAUAGGACGCUUGUUCUCACUCGACAUGGGAGCGCUCAUGGCGGGCGCCAAGUACAAGGGCGAAUACGAAGAGCGCAUCAAGAGCGUCCUGAAUGAAGUCGAAAAAUCAUCCGAAGAAGGAACCACCGUCAUCCUCUUCAUCGACGAGUUGCACCUAAUCAUGGCUGGCAGCGGCAGCGAAGGUGGAGGUAUGGACGCCGCCAAUCUCUUCAAGCCCCUGUUGGCCCGUGGAAAGCUACGUUGUAUCGGUGCUACGACGCUGGCCGAGUACAGGAAGUACAUUGAGAAGGACGCGGCUUUCGAACGUCGCUUCGCCCAGGUGUUGGUGAACGAGCCUUCAGUAUCUGAGACCAUCAACAUUCUUCGCGGCAUCCGGGAGAAGUACGAGGUCCAUCACGGUGUGCGCAUUCUGGACGGAGCCUUGAUUUCGGCUGCAACUCUGGCCCAUCGUUACCUCACGUCCAGGCGCUUGCCAGAUUCUGCCAUUGAUUUGGUUGACGAGGCGUGUGCUAGCGUCCGUGUCACUCGUGAGACAGACCCGGAGGAAAUUGAUAAACUCCAGCGACGUAAACUGGAGCUGGAAGUUGAGGUCCACGCCUUGGAGAGGGAGAAGGACCAGGCUAGUAAAGACCGAUUGGCCACCGCUCGUAAAGCGAUUGCCGAGGUGGAAGACCAACUGAGGCCUCUCAAGGCAGCGUACGAGGCCGAGAAAUCCAGAGGGAACGAAAUCAACGAAGUUCGUAGAAAGAUCGACGAGUUGAGGGCGAAAGCAGAUGAGGCUGAAAGAAGAUACGAUCUUGCAACAGCAUCGGACCUGCGCUACUACGCCAUCCCGGAUUUGCAAGCUCGUCUUAAAGAUCUGGAAUCUAGGAGGGUUCAAGAAGACGCUGAAAAUGAGAACAGCAGCGCGGACACCGUAACUCCAGAACAGAUUGCAGAGAUCGUCGGACGGUGGACUUCUAUUCCUGUGACUCGCCUCAUGUCCACCGAGAAGGAGAAACUGCUCCGGCUUGAACGCGUCCUUGCUGACAGCGUCGUGGGGCAGCCCGAAGCUGUCAGGGCCGUAGCCAACGCAAUUAGGCUAUCACGCAGCGGUUUGGCGAACGCGCAGAGACCUAUCGCGAGCUUCUUAAUGGCUGGUCCUUCGGGUACGGGAAAGACCUUGCUUAGCAAAACACUUGCGACGAUCCUAUUCGACUCUCCCGAUGCCAUGAUCCGCGUAGAUGGAUCUGAAUACUCGGAGAAGCACUCCAUUGCGAGGCUCAUUGGCGCGCCUCCAGGUUAUGUAGGACACGACGCCGGUGGCCAGCUCACGGAAUACGUCCGCCGCAAACCUUAUUGCAUCGUUCUCAUCGACGAGAUCGAGAAGGCGUCGAGGGAGUUCGUCACGCUGUUCUUGCAAGUCCUCGACGACGGGCGUUUGACUGAUGGUCAAGGCCGCGUGGUUGACUUCCGUAAUACGGUGAUUAUCAUGACGUCCAACUUGGGUGCAGCAUACCUCAACGACAUGGGCCAAGGCCCCGUCAACGCCCAGACGAGGGAGCUAGUCAUGGGAGCUAUUCAAGGACACUUCCCGCCAGAGUUCAUCAACCGUAUCGACGAGAUCGUGAUAUUCCGCACACUGUCGAGAAAUAACGUCCUGAAGAUUGUGGACGUCCGCCUGAAAGAAAUACAGGAGAGACUGGCUGAUCGCAAGAUUACGCUGGCUGUCGACGAGACGGCGAAGCAAUUCCUGAGUUCGGUCGGCUACUCGCCCACGUACGGUGCCAGACCAUUGAACCGGGCGAUCCAGAGCGAGCUCUUGAACCCGUUGUCGGUGAUGAUCCUCUCGGAGCAGGUGAUGGAUGGCGAGACGGUGAGAGUAACGUUUGACGGUCCGCGGAACAAGCUGGUGAUCGUGCCGAACCACGAGAAGAGCAAAUCGAUGGACGACAUGGACGUUGAUUGGGAUGAUGACGAGAUUGAGAUUGAGGAAAUGGACUAAAGGAGACAGCGGUCGGGCGUAAUAUGAUGGACUAUCAGACCAGAGCUUCGUUUGCAUUUGAUCAUUAGUUCAGGGAAAUCAUGUGUUCUGUACAUUAGUUGCAUUAGUGUAUCAUACGUCAAAUUUAAACCGCU